AGCUGAAUAUAUAUCUGCUUUUAUUUUAUGCUAUUUAAUUUGCUUUAUUUGAACCCUAAAGGCACCCAGGUUUGCUGGAAACUGAAGUGGGAUGGACAAUGCCCAUACUAAGACGGUCGAGGAGGUGCUGGGGUACUUCGGAGUGAACGAGUCCACAGGUUUAAGCAGCGAACAACUGAGGAAGAACCGUGACAAAUGGGGUCCCAACGAACUACCAGCAGAGGAAGGGAAGUCUCUGUGGGAAUUGGUGCUGGAGCAGUUCGAGGAUCUGCUGGUGCGGAUUCUGCUUCUUGCGGCCUGCAUUUCCUUUACUCUGGCCUGGUUUGAGGAGGGUACGGGCACCAUUACAGCCUUCGUUGAGCCUUUUGUCAUCCUUCUUAUCCUCAUUGCCAACGCUAUUGUGGGUGUAUGGCAGGAGCGAAAUGCAGAAAAUGCCAUCGAGGCACUGAAGGAAUAUGAACCGGAGAUGGGAAAGGUGUACAGACAGGACAGGAAGUGCGUCCAGAGAGUCCGAGCCCGUGAUAUCGUUCCUGGAGACAUAGUGGAGGUGGCAGUGGGCGAUAAGGUUCCAGCAGACAUCAGGCUGACCUCCAUCCGUUCCACCACACUGAGAGUGGACCAGUCCAUUCUGACCGGAGAGUCCGUCUCAGUGCUCAAACACACAGAUCCAGUCCCUGAUCCACGGGCUGUCAACCAGGACAAGAAAAACAUGCUGUUUUCUGGCACAAACAUCGCGGCGGGCAGAGCGAUCGGAGUUGUGAUUGCCACUGGUGUUCAAACUGAAAUUGGCAAAAUCAGGGACGAGAUGGCCGCCACCGAGCCAGAAAGGACCCCAUUACAGCAGAAACUGGAUCAGUUCGGGGAGCAGCUCUCAAAGGUGAUCACAGUGAUCUGUGUGGCAGUCUGGGGCAUCAACAUCGGUCACUUCAGUGAUCCCGUACACGGGGGCAGCUGGCUGAGAGGGGCCGUGUAUUAUUUUAAGAUCGCUGUGGCUUUGGCUGUAGCUGCCAUCCCAGAGGGUCUUCCUGCCGUCAUCACGACAUGCCUGGCGCUGGGCACCCGGCGGAUGGCGAGGAAGAACGCCAUCGUGCGCUCGCUGCCCUCCGUGGAGACGCUGGGCUGCACGUCCGUCAUCUGCUCGGACAAAACGGGCACGCUCACCACCAAUCAGAUGUCCGUCUGCAGGAUGUUUAUUGUGGAGAAUAUUGCAAACGAGAGGUGUGUUCUUAACGAGUUCACAGUGACUGGAUCCACUUAUGCACCUGAAGGAGAAGUGUACAGGGAUGGAUCAGUAGUGCGCUGUAGUCAGUAUGAAGCCUUGGUAGAACUGGCUACCAUCAGCGCCCUGUGUAAUGAUUCCUCUCUGGACUACAAUGAGAGUAAAUGUGUGUAUGAGAAGGUUGGAGAGGCGACAGAAACGGCUCUGUGCUGUUUAGUGGAGAAGAUGAACGUGUUCGAUACAGAUGUGAGGAGUCUCGCCCCUGUGGAGAGAGCCACCGCCUGCUGUUCGGUGAUAAAGCAGUUGAUGAAGAAGGAGCUGACGCUGGAGUUCUCUCGAGACAGGAAGUCCAUGUCUGUGGUCUGCUCUCCUAACAAACUGAGCCGUUCAGCUUCAGGAGCCAGGAUGUUUGUUAAGGGGGCUCCAGAGACCGUGCUGGAGCGCUGCAGCUGGAUCAGGGUCGGGGGUGGAGCACGGGUGCCCCUGACCCCUGACUUUAAGGAGCAGCUCUUGGGCACAGUAAGAGAGUGGGGAUCUGGGCGUGACACCCUGCGCUGCCUGGCCAUGGCCACCAGAGAUUCACCUCCUGAUAUCAAGACCCUCAACCUGGAGAAUUCCUCAUGCUUCUCGGAAUACGAGUCCGAGCUGACAUUUGUGGGGUGUGUGGGGAUGUUGGACCCUCCCAGGAAAGAGGUGCUGAGCGCGGUGCGCAUGUGCAGGCAGGCUGGAAUACGCGUGAUCAUGAUUACAGGAGACAAUAAGGGCACAGCGUUGUCCAUCUGCCGGCGGGUCGGCAUCAUCACCGAGCAAGAGGAAGAAGAGGCAGAGGGGGGAUCUUUCAACGGAGGCCUGACCGGCCGAGAGUUUGAUGAGCUCCCGCCCCACCUUCAGCGCCAAGCCUGCCGCACCGCCCGUUGCUUUGCCCGCGUCGAACCCACUCACAAGAGCCGCAUCGUGGAGUAUCUUCAAAGCCUCAGCGAUAUCACAGCCAUGACCGGUGAUGGAGUUAAUGACGCGCCCGCUCUGAAGAAGGCCGAGAUCGGUAUAGCCAUGGGUUCAGGGACAGCCGUGGCUAAAUCCGCCUCCGAGAUGAUCCUGGCCGAUGAUAACUUCUCCACCAUAGUGGCCGCGGUGGAGGAGGGACGCGCCAUCUACAACAACAUGAAGCAGUUCAUCCGCUACCUCAUUUCCUCCAACAUCGGAGAGGUUGUGUGUAUUUUCCUGACCGCUGCUCUGGGCAUGCCCGAGGCUCUCAUCCCCGUCCAGCUGCUGUGGGUCAAUCUGGUGACGGACGGGUUCCCAGCCACUGCGCUGGGCUUCAACCCCCCGGACUUGGACAUUAUGUCACGGCCCCCACGAUCUCCCAAAGAGCCCCUCAUCUCCGGCUGGCUGUUCUGCAGAUACCUCAUCAUCGGCUGUUAUGUGGGCGUGGCUACGGUGGGGGCCGCUGCCUGGUGGUUCAUGGCAGCACAUGAUGGACCGAAACUCUCCUAUUAUCAACUGUCUCAUUUUCUGCAGUGCAGUGAGGGAAGUGAUGACUUCGCAGGAGUUCAGUGCUCUGUAUUUGAGUCGCCCUAUCCGAUGACCAUGGCCCUGUCAGUGCUGGUGACUAUAGAGAUGUGCAACGCCCUCAACAGCCUGUCUGAGAACCAAUCUCUUCUGAAGAUGCCUCCCUGGUCGAACCCCUGGCUGGUGGGCGCUAUCUGUCUCUCCAUGGCCCUGCAUUUCCUAAUUCUCUAUGUGGAUCCACUGCCUGUGAUUUUUCAAAUCCGGCCCCUGUCCUGGCAGCAGUGGGUGACCGUGUUGAAGAUGUCCCUGCCGGUCAUCCUGAUGGACGAAGCACUGAAGUUUCUGGCCAGGAACUAUAUUGAGCCUGGCAGUGACCUGGAGCAGGAGGACGAGGAGGGACAUGGUCAGAUGUCCAGCGGGUUGUUUGCUGGCUUGAUUGGGAGGAUCCGGCGUGGUCUGAGGGGGGUUUCAUGGCCUUUUGUGUUCAUUGCUGCUCCCCUUUUGAUUUGGAUCUACAGCCUGGACUCUGAUAUUACCAACAUUUUCUGGGAAUAGUGUGUGUGUGUGUGUGUGAGAGGUUUGUAUGAUUUCUAUAGGAAAAAUUAAGUUGUUGUUGGUACAGGUGGAAAGUUUGAUUAAAGGGAAGCACAAAGGCAAAAAAAAAUGAAUAUCCAAGUAAAAGGGAAGCAUGAAAGAACGAGUUACGCAUGGACAAUCAGAGAUAAGGGAAGAAUAAGAACACAGGGGGAGAACAAGGGCAAUUAACACUCAGUCCAGUCUCAUUUUAGUCAGAUUUUUGUGAAUUUUUGCUUAUGCUCGUGUUUAGCACAGUUUUAUUUUGUUUGUUUAACAAUGUCUGUAUUUUAAAAACAUUCUUCUGCUCUGCUGUUGGACAUUUGCUGAAAUCACUACAUUCUAAAUGUAUGAAUCAACUAAAUUAUUUAAAUAAAAUUGCUCAUUUAAAA